UGGGAGUGGCGCCGUCUUGGUUGCCGCGCGGCGGCGGUCGGUGUGCGGGGAAGUUCCUUACAGCAUUGCAAACCAUGGAGAAUUAUCAGAAGUCCAAGACGGUGGAGAAGCCUUCUCCUCUUCCCUUUACCAACUUGCCGUCAGAUAUCAUUGAAAUGAAAGUGAAGGAUGGAAGCAAAAUCCGGAAUCUAAUGGGCUAUGCCAUUGGCAAGAUGGAGCAGGAGACCAUGAGGCAGAUGCUCUUCAGCGGGGCUGGCAAAGCAAUCAACAAGACUAUCACAUGCGUGGAGAUCAUGAAGCGGAGGCUCAAGGACCUUCAUCAGAUCACAAAAGUGUUCUUCCAGCAAAUAGAGGAGAUCUGGGAACCUAUCGUGCCAGAGGCUGGCCUUGAUCCUUUGACUGUAAAGCGAAAUAUCCCUGCCAUUUGUGUUUUGCUGAGCAAAGAUCCACUGGAUGUUCAGGAGCCAGGUUAUCAGGCUCCUGGAUCUUUUGAUGCCUUCUGGUUAGAAACACUGGAUUUGGAGUCCCAAAGCCAAACGAAAAGGAAGAAGGGUGGAGGGAGAGGGGCAGGCCAUGCAGGAAAGCACCCUCGCUCUGUCUUUCGGGAAGAAUCCAAAAAUAAGCCUCAGUCAAGCUGACUGAAUAUUUAUCUGCAGAGCCAAAGAAAGCCAGACAGUUUACAUCUUGAGAGAGGAAAAUCAGAAAGAGGUUAAUUUAAAGGAAAUGGAAGAAGAGAGGCUGUGGCUGCAGAACAGUCUUGGUCAGGCUGAUCAUCGGCAUCUGGCAAGGUGGCUCUUUUCUUCCUUUACGAAGGAAACAAAAAAUGUUCUGGUGGAUUGUUCAGAUACUUGAAACAAUAAUGAUUUAAAAAAAAAGCAGAGCCUUCUGGCUGGGGGGGGAUGUGGAGAAUCUGUGCCUGUUUACCUCUUUGGUACGUGGGUAGCUGUGAUGUUUACCUGCUUCCUUCAGUGGAUGGCUCUUCCUUUGAUGUUACAAGAAUCUUAUGAUCUACUUCUGUGAAAAGGCGGGUGCCUGCUGCUUCUGAAAUUUCAUUGUGAUAGGAGAAGGGCUCCCUGUUUUUUAUGGUAUUCUUUUGCUUAAACAUAAGAAGCAUCUGCCCUCCUGUGUAGCCAAGAGGUUAUCUUACUUGAUUCAGCAUAAAGAUGAGACGGUCUCAUCUUGAUUGUCCAACAUGCAGAGGUGCAGCUGAAUAUGUCUAGAGAUGAUGGGGGAAAUGCCGGGGUUGCUUGUUAAUUAAAGUCCUGUUCUAUAUUUUUAAUAACAAGAGGGCUGUAUUUAUUUUUCAGUAUUUGAAAAGGCUGUUUGGUCUAUGAAAGCGUUGUUGCUAGCCUAGACUCUUGAUGCUUGUCUCCAAUAAUUCUGUCUCCCUCCAUAAGUGGUGCUUGAGGAAGUGAAAGAGGGUACCAAGAGCAUUCACCCUCUUUAGCUGAUGUAGCCAUGGCUCUUCAUGUACCUCUGAAAGCAUCGAUGCUCCAGAGAUCCUGUGUGGGGCAAGAAUUUCAGCUGUUUGUUGACAGUACUGAUUAUUACUGCUUUCAAUCAAACCAUUAAAAAAACCACAUUCUUAG